UCCGCACCAGAUUCAAAACACCCCAUCAACUCUCUCUCUCUCUCUCUCUCUCUCCGUCUCUCUGAGCAGAUACCGGAUCGAACCCUUCAAUCCCUCUCUCUCAAUACCAUAUAUACCCACACUUACGAUCUACGCGCUUCGGAUACCUUCUUUUUCGCAUUUCAGUUUCGCAUGAAAAGUCAUGGAAAAAAAAUCUACGGAUCGUACCAUGACAAUUGAAUCCUAGGGCUUUUUCUUCGCCUUUUUUGGUAUGAAGUUAUGUGCAGAGGACGCAUUUUGAUUCAGUUAUUGGAUUUGAAUGAUGCAUUUGUUGUAGAGCACGGAGUCCGAAGCGAUCGGUUCAAUUUCCUGUUGAAAUGGCAAUAUCUCCAGUCAAGUUCUUGUUUGGUUUCCUUCUCGCCUCCAUCAUUUUAUGGCUGGUGUUCAUAUUUGCUUCCAGGUUGGUGGCUUGGAUCCUAAGCCGCCUCAUGGGAGCAUCUGUAGGAUUUCGGGUUGGCGGAUGGAAAUGUCUAAGGGAUGUUGUGGUCAAGUUUAAAAAGGGAACUAUUGAAUCAGUGUCUGUUGGUGAAAUCAGAGUCAGCUUACGGCAGUCCUUGGUUAAGCUUGGGGUUGGUUUUAUGUCUAGGGACCCAAAAUUGCAGGUGGUAAUAAGUGAUUUAGAAGUUGUAAUGAGACCUUCAAAUAAGAAUGCAAAGAAAAGUAGAUCUCGAAGGUCUCGCACUUCAGGGAGAGGAAAGUGGAUGGUUGUGGCUAAUGUGGCCAGAUUUUUAUCAGUUUCUGUAUCAGAAUUGGUUGUGAAGACUCCAAAAGCUAUUCUUGAAGUUAAGGAACUCCGAGUUGAUAUAUCUAAAGAUGGGGGAUCGAAGCCGGCUUUAUUUGUUAAGCUACACCUUUUGCCUAUUGUGGUUCACUUGGGAGAUCCGCGGAUUAGUUGUGACCUCUCAACGAACUUCGACAAUGGUGGAUGCACUUCAGCUAGCCAGGCAUCAUUUGCCUUGAUGGAAGGAACCUCUGCUCCUUUUUGCUGUGAAGAAUUCUCUCUUUCUUCUGAAUUUGGUCAUGAUAGGGAAGCAGGUAUAGUUGUUAAGAAUGUGGACAUUACAAGUGGAGAAGUCACUUUGAACUUAAACGAGGAGCUCUUGAUUAGAAAGAAGAGUUCAUCCGACUCCUCUGUUGUAGACUCGAGCUUUGAAUCUAGCACUUCAAAAAAGCCUGAGGAAAAACGAGCAGCACUUUCGUCUAUGAUCCCAGAGAAGGUAUCCUUCAAUUUGCCCAAGUUGGAUGUGAAGUUUGUGCAUAGGGUACAUGGUCUUGUGGUCGAGAAUAACAUCAUGGGUAUUCAAGUGAAAAGCACCAAAUCUCGGUCUGUUGAAGAUGUAGGGGAGAGUACUCGCCUUGAUAUUCAAAUGGAUUUCAGUGAGAUUCAUCUAUUUAGAGAUGCUUGUAUUUCUGUCGUGGAGAUACUGAAACUCGAUGUUGUUUCUUCCACUUACAUUCCUCUACAGCCUACCUCGCCUAUCAGAUCGGAAAUUGAUUUCAAGCUCGGGGGUACUCAGUGCAAUGUUAUAAUGAGCAGACUGAAGCCAUGGAUUGAACUGCAGUCCCUAGAAAAGAAAUCUAUGGUGCUUCAAGAUGGAAACCCUAAUCCGGAAAGGCUUCGGUCAACCAAAUCGGAAAUUUUCAUGUGGGCUUGUACUGUUUCAGCGCCAGAGAUGACUAUUGUGCUUUAUGAUCUCAGAGGUUCGUCUCUAUAUCAUGGUUGCUCUCAAUCAUCACAUGUGUUUGCCAACAACAUUUCAAGCAUGGGCACUUCAGUACAUAUGGAAUUUGGUGAGCUGAAUUUACACAUGGCUGAAGAAUAUCAAGAAUGUUUAAGAGAUAGUCUGUUUGGUGUAGAAACAAAUACAGGGUCUUUAAUGCAUGUUGGAAAAAUUUGCCUGGAUUGGGGCAAAAAAGACAUGGAAUCAAUUGAAGGAGAUGGCCCCAAUAGUAAGUUAGUGCUUUCCAUUGAUGUUACUGGUAUGGGGUCCUUCUUGACCCUUAAGCGUGUUGGAUCUGUAAUAUCAACGGCUUUGUCCUUCAAAAAUUUAUUGAAAAGUUUGUCUGCCACAAGUAAAAAACCACAUCAAAACCGAGGCGGGCUCGCUUCCAAGCCAUCAGGGAAGGGGAUUCAACUUAUAAAAUUUAACCUUGAAAGGUGCUCUGUAAACUUCAGAGGUGAUGUGGGUUUGGAGAACACAAUUGUUGCUGACCCAAAACGAGUGAACUAUGGAUCUCAAGGUGGUCGAUUUAUAGUUAGUGUCUCAGCUGACGGCACACCACGUUGUGCAAGCAUAAUGUCCACAAGUCCCAAUGAGUUUAAUAAGUUGAAGUACUCUGUAUCUCUCGACAUCUUCCAUUUUAGUCUGUGUAUGAACAAGGCGAAACAUUCCACCCAGCUGGAGCUUGAACGAGCGAGGUCUACCUAUCAGGAAUAUGUGAAAGAUGGUAUGCCUGGAAUGAAAGUGGCAUUGUUUGAUAUGCAGAAUGCAAAAUUUGUUAGAACUGGUGGUCUUAAGGAUGUGGACAUUUGCUCUCUUUUUAGUGCUACUGAUAUUACAGCCAGGUGGGAGCCCGAUGUGCAUAUAGCAUUGUUCGAACUUGUGCUACAUGUGAAGUUACUCAUGCAUAAUCAGAAACUCCAAGACCUUAAUUCGAAUCAUGCGAAAGACAAAUCUUGUGUUAGAGGUAAUGACCAGAAGAAAGACAACUCCGUGGAGUCCUUACAAAAUGAAAAACAAAACAAGAAAAGAAAAUCUCUUCUUGCUAUUGAUAUUGAAAUGCUGAGCCUAUCUGCCUCGGUCGGAGAUGGGGUUGAUGCCACGAUUCAGGUUCAAUCAAUUUUUUCAGAGGAUGCCUCUAUAGGAGUACUUCUUGAAGGGCUUAUGCUCAGUUUCAAUGAAGCAAGAGUAUUUAAAAGCAGCCGGAUUCAAAUUUCUCGCAUUCCUAAUGUCUCUAGUGGUUCAUCUGAUGGAAAACUUGAGGGAACCACUACAUGGGAUUGGGUUAUUCAAGGCCUGGAUGUACAUAUUUGUUUGCCCUACAGGUUGCAGUUACGUGCCAUUGAUGAUUCCAUAGAGGAUAUGUUGAGAGCUUUGAAGCUUGUCACUUCUGCCAAAGCCAAUCUGAUAUUUCCAACGAAGAAAGAAGGUGCAAAACCCAAAAAGCCUAGUGCAACAAAAUUUGGAUGUGUGAAGUUGUGCAUGCGUAAAUUAACUGCUGACAUAGAGGAAGAACCAAUACAGGGUUGGCUCGAUGAACACCAUCAGCUGAUGAAAAAUGAGGCUUGGGAAUUAGCCGUCAGGUUGAAAUUUCUUGAUGACCUUAUUUCCAAAGGCAGUCAAUGUCCUGGAACUGCUGAAACAAAGGAUUCUAUCCAUGAUAGUAAGAUUCUUUAUGAUGGCGAGGAAAUUAAUGUUCAAGAUGCUUCAGCUAUUAAGAAAAUGAAAGAGGAGAUUUAUAAGCAAUCAUUCCAGUCAUAUUACAAGGCAUGUCAGCAUCUAGUGCAGUCGGAAGGAUCAGGUGCUUUUAGGAAUGGGUUUCAAGCUGGUUUCAAACCUAGUUCUUCUAGAACUUCCCUUUUUUCUAUCUCUGCAACGGAUUUAGAUGUAAGCUUGACAAAAGUUUUAGGUGGUGAUGCUGGGAUGAUAGAGGUUAUACAGAAGCUUGACCCUGUCAGUCGUGAAUAUAACAUACCAUUUUCCCGACUGUAUGGGAGCAAUCUUCUUCUGCGCACUGGAACUCUUGUAGUUCGAAUAAGAAACUACACAUAUCCACUUUUCUCUGCAACUUCUGGUAGAUGUGAAGGUCGUAUUGUGCUAGCUCAACAGGCGACAUGCUUUCAGCCCCAAAUUCAGCAUAAUGUCUUUGUUGGGAGAUGGAGGAAGGUGUGCAUGCUUCGUUCAGCCAGUGGCACUACUCCACCAAUGAAAACAUACUCGGAUUUACCCUUGUAUUUUCAGAAAGCAGAAAUUUGCUUUGGAGUGGGUUUUGAGCCCUCUUUUGCUGAUAUUAGCUAUGCUUUUACUGUAGCUCUUCGCAGGGCUAAUCUAAGUAUCAGGAACCCUAAUGCUACUGAUAUUCAGCCACCAAAAAAGGAAAGAAGCUUACCUUGGUGGGAUGAUAUGAGAAACUACAUUCAUGGGAAUGUCACCUUAUUCAUGUCUGAGACCAAAUGGAAUAUACUUGCUACUACUGAUCCUUACGAGAAAAGUGACAAACUUCAAAUUGUUUCCGGUCCUAUGGAAAUCCAGCAAUCAGAUGGCCGUGUUUAUGUUUCUGCCAAGGAUUUUAAGAUUUUGUUGAGCAGUUUGGAGACUUUACUGAACAACUGCAGCUUAAAACUUCCUACUGGCAGGUCUGGUGCUUUCAUCGAGGCCCCAGCCUUUACUCUGGAAGUGACAAUGGAUUGGGAAUGCGAUUCAGGCAAUCCAAUGAAUCAUUACUUGUUUGCCCUCCCAAAUGAAGGUGUUCUUCGUGAAAAAGUUUUUGACCCCUUUAGAUCAACAUCUCUCUCCCUGAGGUGGGUUUUGUCACUUCGACCCUCGCCUCCCCCAGCCGAGGAUCAUUCACAAUCCUCCUCCAUGAGAGGUGAUGUUGUCCUGGAUGGCGAUGCCUAUGGGACCAUACGUAAGACGGAGAAUGUUUCAAUUGAGUCUCCAACCGUGGUUCUUGGUGCUCACGAUUUAGCAUGGUUACUUAAAUUCUGGAGCAUGAAUUACGUUCCUCCGUAUAAGUUGCGGACAUUUUCACGGUGGCCACGUUUUGGAAUUCAAAGAGUUGCCAGAUCAGGCAAUCUGUCAUUCGACAAGGUGUUGACGGAGUUCAUGUUCCGAAUUGAUGCAACUCCAACAUGUAUAAGGAAUAUGCCUCUGGAUGAUGAUGAUCCGGCUAAAGGACUGACAUUUAAGAUGACAAAGCUGAAAUACGAACUCUGUUAUAGUCGGGGUAAGCAAAAAUACACAUUUGAAUGCAAGCGUGAUCCUCUUGAUCUUGUUUACCAAGGUCUUGACCUUCACAUGCCUAAAGCUUAUCUAAACAAAGAAGAUUGUAUGACUGUUGCAAAAGUAAUUCAAAUGACUAGAAAACGUUCAAAGUCUGCUUCCAUGGACAGAACUACAAGCGAAAAAGGUGGUUAUGUGAGCGGGAGCAAAGAGAAGCAUCGUGAUGGUGGAUUUCUGUUAUCAUCUGAGUAUUUUACAAUCAGACGGCAAGCACCGAAGGCUGACCCUGCAAGGUUAUUAGCAUGGCAAGAAGCUGGAAGAAGAAAUCUUGAGAUGACCUAUGUUAGAUCUGAGUUCGAAAACGGGAGUGAGAGUGAUGAGCAUACACGAUCUGAUCCUAGUGAUGAUGAUGGUUAUAAUGUUGUAAUAGCUGACAACUGUCAACGUAUUUUUGUUUACGGCCUCAAGCUUUUGUGGACUAUCGAAAAUAGAGACGCUGUUUGGUCUUGGGUUGGUGGAAUAUCAAAGGCCUUUGAACCUCAAAAGCCCUCUCCUUCUCGGCAGUAUGCACAGAGGAAGUUGCAUGAGGACAAUCAGGUAGUUGAUGGACCUGAAAUGGCUCAAGAAGAUAUGUCAAAGCCCUCUUCAGUCAAUCAAGGUGCCAGUUCCCCUUCAAAAAAUGCUGAGUUGUCAGGAUCGCUUUUAUCUCCUCCACACACGGCAAAGUUAGAAAACUCAUCAUCAUCUAGUGCAGGCGCAAAGAAUGGUAGCAAUGAUGAUUUGGAGGAGGAGGGAACUCGACAUUUCAUGGUGAACAUUAUAGAGCCACAAUUCAAUCUUCACUCAGAAGAUGCCAAUGGUAGAUUUCUGCUUGCUGCUGUUAGUGGACGUGUUUUAGCCCGUUCGUUCCAUUCAGUCCUUCAUGUUGGCUAUGAAAUUAUUGAACAAGCACUUGGUACUGGAGGUGUACAUGUUCCAGAAAAUCAACCCGAAAUGACAUGGAAUCGCAUGGAAUUCUCUGUGAUGUUGGAACAUGUGCAGGCUCAUGUUGCACCAACUGAUGUUGACCCAGGAGCUGGACUGCAAUGGCUUCCAAAAAUCCGGAGGAGUUCUCCAAAAGUAAAGCGUACUGGUGCUUUACUUGAAAGAGUGUUUAUGCCUUGUGAUAUGUACUUCCGAUACACGAGGCACAAAGGCGGAACUACAGACCUGAAGAUGAAGCCUUUGAAAGAGCUCACCUUCAAUUCCCGCAAUAUAACAGCAACAAUGACAUCUCGACAAUUUCAGGUUAUGCUUGAUGUGUUGACUAAUCUUCUUUUCGCUCGACUUCCGAAGCCUCGAAAAAGUUGUCUGUCUUAUCCUGCUGAAGAUGAUGAAGAUGUAGAAGAGGAGGCAGAUGAGGUGGUUCCUGAUGGUGUUGAAGAGGUAGAACUUGCACGAAUCAAACUCGAACACAAAGAGCGGGAGCAGAAGUUAGUUCUGGAUGACAUAAGGAAAUUGUCUACGUAUGUUGAUUCUUCUGGAGACGUAUGCCUGGAGAAGGAAGGCGAUCUGUGGAUGAUAACUGGUGGACGGUCUGCAUUGGUGUACAGGCUAAAGAAAGAGCUUGGGAAUGCCAAAAAAUUAAGAAAAGCUGCUUCUGCUUCAUUAAGGAUGGCUCUGCAGAAAGCUGCACAGCUACGACUUAUGGAAAAAGAGAAAAACAAAACUCCAUCCUCUGCUAUGCGUAUUUCUAUGCAAAUGAACAAAGUGGUUUGGAGCAUGCUUGCAGAUGGUAAAUCUUUUGCCGAAGCUGAGAUAAAUGACAUGAUAUAUGAUUUUGACAGGGACUAUAAAGAUUUUGGUGUUGCUCGGUUCACAACAAAGUAUUUUGUUGUAAGAAAUUGCCUGCCCAAUGCCAAGUUUGACAUGAUUCUAGCACCAUGGAAUCCUCCUCCUGAAUGGGGAAAAAAAGUGAUGCUUCGAGUAGAUGCAAAGCAGGGAGCUCCCAAGGAUGGAAACUCUCCUAUUGAGACAUUCCAGGUAGAGAUAUACCCCCUAAAGAUACAUUUGACUGAGACACUGUACCAUAUGAUAUGGGGAUAUUUCUUUCCAGAAGAAGAACAAGACUCCCAAAGGCGGCAGGAAGUUUGGAAGGUUUCGACUACUGCCGGUUCAAAACGUGUGAAGAAAGGCUCAUCCAUGCAUGAAGCUUCUACAUCGAGCAGUCAACCAACAAAGGAAUUUGAGGUGUCCUCCAAAUCAAACACCUCUGGGUUAACCUUAACUUCUGGUACCAGCCAGUCUUCUAGUCAUGCUGAUUCCUCACAAGGAUCAAAGUUGCAGAACCUAAAAGCUAAUGUUGUUUGCGGUUCAACCCCUGAGCUAAGACGAUCAUCUUCUUUUGAUAGCACAUGGGAAGAAAAUGUGGCGGAAUGUGUAGCUGAUGAACUAGUAAUACAGGUUCAUUCAUCAAGCGCUUCUACAUCAAGAAAUGGGUCCCUUGCUAUUGAACAGCAAGACGAGUCCACCAGAAAUAAGUCGAAAGAGACAAAAUCUGUUAAACCGAGUCGUUCCUCUCAUGAAGAAAAGAAGGUAGGAAAGACACCAGAUGAAAAAAGAUCCAGGCCUAGGAAAAUGAGGGAGUUUCACAAUAUCAAAAUAAGCCAGGUUGAACUACUAGUUACUUAUGAAGGACCACCAUUGUCUGUCACCGAGCUAAGGUUGCUGAUGGAUACAUUUCACCGUGUGGACUUCACUGGAACUUGGAGACGACUGUUCUCACGAGUUAAGAAGCAUGUUAUUUGGGGAGUCCUAAAGUCUGUCACAGGAAUGCAGGGUAAGAAGUUUAAAGAUAAAGCACAUAGUCAGCGGGACUCAAGCGGAGUUGGUGUUCCAGACAGCGAUCUUAAUUUCAGUGACAGCGAUGGGGGUUCAGCUGGGAAAUCCAGUCAAUACCCAAUAUCGUGGCCUAAGCGCCCCAGUGACGGAGCGGGUGAUGGAUUUGUCACAUCCAUAAGGGGUCUUUUUAAUUCUCAGCGCCGCAAGGCCAAGGCAUUUGUGCUUCGAACCAUGAGGGGGGAAGCGGAGAACGAGUUUAAUGGCGAGUGGAGUGAGAGUGAUGUAGAGUUCUCUCCAUUUGCCCGGCAACUAACCAUAACAAAAGCUAAGAAGCUAAUCAAAAGGCACACCAAGAAGUUUCGCUCAAGAGGGCAGAAAGGUGUAUCAUCCCAGCCGAGAGAAUCACUUCCCUCAUCACCACGGGAGACGACGCCUUUUGAGAGUGACUCUUCCAGUGGGACUUCGCCUUACGAGGAUUUCCACGAUUAGAGGUGCCUAAAAGCCCUUACACUGGAAUUCUUCAUCGGUCAAACAAGCGAAAGGCAUGGAGUUCUUUUAUCUCUCUUUAAAGCCAAAGCAGAGAAAUUGUAAGUGAUUUGACACGGCAACUCCCUCGGAUGAAUACUUGGAAGAUUCAAGAUAUGUUUUCGGGCUUUCAAAAUCAAAGCAGGCAAGGAAAUGCUUGCAUUGCGACGGUGAAAUUAGUAGGAGAAUCGAAGGUCGACCGCUCCUAUUCACAUAUAUUAGAGUUGAAUCCUUUGUUGGAGUGUGUCCGUAUCCUCAUCAGUGGCUAUUUAUAUGUAAAUGCAUCAUGUCCUUUAGCUAGGAUGCAAUCUAAGGGCUCUCAAUGAGUUCCAUGCACAGUUUUGUACGAACAGCUGUAUAUGAUAGUAUAUAAGUAAAAAAUUAAUGUUUCACGUGGUAUCA